AUGACAAUCGGUUCUGAACUCCGCAACCUUCCCAGCGUCGAGCGCGUGCUGAACACGGAUACGCUCGCCGCGGCCGUGGACGCCCACGGGCGCGAGAUGGUAGUGGAUCUGGCCAGGGAGGUGCUCGACGGGGUCCGGAAACGGGUGCUGGCGGGAAGCCCGGCGCCGGCCGGCCACCAAAUCGCCGAGGCGGUCCUCGACCUGAUGACCGACCUGGCCGAGCCCUCGCCCCGACCCGUCAUCAACGCGACGGGGGUUGUCAUCCACACCAACCUGGGUCGCGCACCGCUGAGCGAUGCCGCACUGGCUGCCGCCGACGCGGUCGGGCGGGGAUACUCAGACCUGGAAAUUGACCUCGGGACCGGACGGCGAGGAUCUCGGCAGGCACACCUGCAAUCGUUGUUGCGGCGCAUCACCGGGGCGGAAGCGGCGCUGGCCGUGAACAACAACGCGUCCGCCCUGCUGCUGGGGUUAUCAGCUCUAGCCGCGGGCCGAGAGGUCAUCGUAUCCCGGGGCGAAGCCGUCGAAAUCGGCGGCGGAUUCCGGAUACCGGACGUUCUGCGGCAAAGCGGCUGCACCCUGGUCGACGUGGGCACCACAAACCGGACGUACGUGCGGGAUUAUGCCGACGCCAUGACCGAACAGACCGGAGCAUUCCUGAAGGCGCACGCGAGCAACUUCAAGGUGGAAGGGUUCACCGCGUUUGUGGGCGAGCGCGAGUUGGUGGCGCUGGGAGAAAGCUCGGGCGUCCCAGUGCUGCACGACGUGGGCAGCGGAGCGUUGCUGCCAACAGACCGCUACGGGCUGGCGCACGAACCGACCCCCCAGGAGAGCAUCGCGGCGGGAGUCGGCCUGGUGUUUUUCUCCGGCGACAAGCUGUUGGGGGGCCCUCAAGCCGGGAUCGUAGUCGGCAAACGGGACCUGGUCACCCGGCUGGAAAGGCACCCGUUGGCGCGCGCGGUCCGGAUCGACAAAAUGAGCCUGGCGAGUUUGACGGCGACACUAGCGCACUACGCAAUGGGCGAGGCGGAAAACAAGGUGCCGGUUUGGCGCAUGAUCUCGACAUCGGCGGAGGACGUGCGGGCUCGGGCCGACAACUGGCGAGCGGCUUUGGCCACUCACCAGGUCCAGACGGGGGUUGAGCCGGCUCGGUCGGCCAUCGGUGGCGGGAGCUUGCCCGGGGAAACAUUGCCGUCGUGGACUUUGUCGGUGGACCCGUCGCCGGACCGUUCACCGGAAGCCGUACUGUCCGCGCUCCGCGAUCACUCGACUCCAGUGAUCGCCAGGAUUGCGGACGACACGGUGCGGCUGGAUCCCAGGACGGUGCUGCCGGAACAAGACGACGACGUGAUACGAGCUAUCGCCACGGUGAUGGCAAGAUAA